CCUUCGUCAGAAUGGAAGUUGUGGGGAUGUACCUGCUGCAGUUGCUCUUUGUAGGGGUCCUGCAGGAGGCACUCUCAACAGGCCAGGACUGCCUGCACGCGGGGGACACCUGCUCGAGUGAUGACACCUGCAGCCCACGGCUGCGCACACUGCGACAAUGCGUGGCUGGUGACGGCAGUAUGAAGCUGGGGCCUGGUGCACGCAACCAGUGUGCCAAUGCGGUGACAGCGCUACUCUCUAGUCCGCUGCGUGGCUGCCAAUGCAAGAGGGGCAUGAAGAAGGAAAAGAACUGCCUCAGUAUCUACUGGAGCCUACACCAGUCUGUCCUGCACGGUCUUAACCUGGUGGAGACCUACCCAUACGAAGCAGUGGAGAAGACCUAUGACUAUGUUCGCCUAGCCUCCAUCGCUGCUGGUUCUGAGGUCAGUGUAACGACUGUGAACCGCUGCCUGGACGCAGCCAAGGCCUGCAACGUGGACGAGACAUGCCAGAAGCUUCGGACAGAGUAUGUGUCAGCCUGCAUCAAGCCUGCAGGCAAGGCAGGGCCCUGCAACCGGCCCAAGUGCCACAAGGCGCUGCGUAAGUUCUUUGACCGUGUGCCACCUGAGUACACUCAUGAGCUGCUCUUCUGCCCCUGUACUGACACCGCCUGCACCGAGCGCCGGCGCCAGACCAUCGUCCCCAGCUGCUCCUAUGAGACCAAGGACGAGCCCAACUGCCUGGCACUGCUGCGCACCUGCAAGGGUGACUACGUGUGUAGGUCUCGUUGGGCGCAGUUCCAGUACGACUGCCAGCCAUCAGAGCAGUCUGCCAGCGGCUGUAUGCAGGGGAACUACAGGGCCUGUCUGCUGGCCUACACUGGUGUGAUAGGGAGCUCCAUCACACCUAACUAUGUGGACAACUCCACCUCCAGUGUGUCGCCACGGUGCUCCUGUUCUGCAAGUGGGAACCAGAGAGAGGAGUGCACAGAGUUCCUCAGCUACUUCACUGACAAUCUGUGUCUAAAGAAUGCCAUCGCAGCAUAUGGGAACAGGACAGACCUGAACUCCACCCCCAGCCAAUCAGCACAGCUAGCCCCAGUGACGGACAGUGAUGACCCAACCGCCUCUCCUCCCACCAUCACAGACAGGGAGCAGAACAUCCUGAACCCUCCAAUGCCCACACAGGCCACAAAGAAGGACAGAUUGUGGGUGGAUUCCACCAUUCCCUCUCCUGCGCUCUCCGGCCGCUCCGCCAACCCCCUACACCUGACUUUUACCUGCUUCCUGCUGCCGCUGGCUGCCUGCCUCCAACUUUAG